GUUAUCUCCGCAGGAGGCAGGCUGCCCAGGAGCCCAUGGAACAUGGGCUUGUACUGUCCCAGGGCUCAUCCUUCACCUACCAGGACAUUUUGGAUGAGUUGAUCAUUUACACUCAGAGUGGCGCGGCAGCACAGACGGAUGAGUUUGGAUUCUCCAUCACGGACGGACUCUACACCCAGCUCGGGAGGCUGGAGUUCUCCAUGGAGCUGCAGAAGAAUGAGCCACCCAAAUUAGCUGUCAACAAGGGCCUGCAGCUUCCUGCUGGUUCUGCAGCACGUCUCACAGAUCAGCACUUGAAAGUGGCAGCUAAUUACUUGGAUGACACGAGGGUCAGAUUUGUCGUGAAGAAGGAUCCCAGUGUCGGCAGUCUGCAGUUGACCAAAACUGAUAAUCCAGUCCAGAUCUCUGUCAAAGGACCAGCCAAAAGUUUCACCCAGGCUGACAUAAAUAAAGGACAAGUGACAUACAGUCACAAGAAAGGGGAUCCCAGCGGAGAUUUUGCUUUCAGCUUUGAUGUGAUCGAUACAGAUGGCAACAAACUGACGGACCAGUUUUUCCAUAUUAGUGUAGUAGAGGACAGGCUCCCGCCCUCCAUCAUCGCUAACAAGGGGCUGGUCUUGGACGAGAACUCGGUGAGGAAGAUCACGACCCUGCAGCUCUCCGCCACGGACGCGGACAGCGAGCCGGCGCGGCUCCGCUUCCGGCUCACGCGGCAGCCACGGCUGGGGCGCCUGGAGCACGCCGCCUCCCCAGGGACAAGAAUCAGUUCUUUUAGCCAGGCAGACCUGGCCUCACGCAACAUCCAGUAUGUCCACACCAGCGACACUGAGGAACACGCCGACGCGUUCACUUUUUCUGUGUCCGAUGGAACGAAUGAGGUGAGCCAGACGUUCGACAUCACCAUUAACCCUGUGGAUGAUUCCCUGCCUGUAGUGCAGAGCCCUGGGAUGAGAGUUCAAGAAGGUGUGAGAAAAACCAUCACAGAGUUCGAGCUUAAAGCAACAGAUGCUGACACGGAGGCUGAGUCAAUCACAUUCACGGUUGUGCAGCCACCCCGGCAUGGCCUGAUUGAACGCGCUGUCAAGGGGCAGCGUUACCACCAAGCCACCACCUUCACGAUGGAUGACAUCUACCAGAACCGCAUCAGCUACAGUCACGAUGGUAGCAACUCCCUGAAGGAUCGCUUCACUUUCACGGUAUCUGAUGGAACCAAUCCCUUCUUCGUUGUGGAGGACGAGGGGAAAGAGGUUGUGACAGCAGCACCACAGCGCUUCCAGGUAGACAUUCUACCUGUGGAUGAUGGGACACCCAGGGUCAUCACCAACCUGGGCUUGCAGUGGCUGGAGUACGCGGAUGGCAAGGCAACCAAUGUAAUCACUAAGAAGGAAUUACUGACAACAGAUCCUGACACAGAUGACAAGCAACUGAUCUAUGAGAUAACAAGCGGCCCCAGACAUGGUUAUUUGGACAACAAGCUGAAACCAGGGACAGCUGUGACCACCUUCACUCAGGAGGAUGUGAACCACGGCCUCAUUCGCUACGUGAUGCACGAGGACAAGGUUCAGGAGACCAUGGACAGCUUUCAGUUCCUAGUGAAGGACAGCAAGCCCAAUGUGGUCAGCGGCAAUGUCUUCCAUGUUCGGUGGUCUCUCAUCAGCUUUGCCUACACCAGCUACAACAUCAGUGAGAGCGCAGGCUCUGUGAGCGUCCCCAUACGGCGGAUCGGGAACCUCAACCAGUACGCGAUCGUCCUGUGCCGCACCGAGCACGGAACGGCCCGGGGCAGCUUGCCAGUGACAUUGCUGCUUUCUGCUUUCCAGGUGCAGUUUGAGGAGCGGGAGGACACCAAGGCCUGCACCAUUCUCAUUAACGACGAUGACAUCUUUGAGAGCACGGAGAGCUUCGCUGUGGAGCUCAGCAUGCCGGCCUACGCCCUGCUGGGCAACAUCACCCGGGCCACGGUCUUCAUCACAGACGCCGAGGACGAGCCCGCGCUGCAGUUCGACAGGAGGACGUACCACGUCAGCGAGAGCGCUGGCUUUCUCUCUGCUCCCAUUGAAAGGAAAGGGGACACCAGCAGCACUGUGUCUGCCAUAUGUUACACGGUCUCCAAAUCAGCCAAGGGAAGCAGCCUCUAUAUGCUGGAGUCUGGCUCUGACUUCAAGUCCCGGGGGAUGACAGACGACAGCCGCGUUGUUUUUGGGCCAGGUGUCACUGUGUCGACAUGCGACAUCACGCUGAUCGAUGACAGCGAAUAUGAAGAAGAGGAGGAAUUUGAGAUCGUGCUGGCUGAUGCUUCCAAUAAUGCCCGCAUUGGAAGCCUGGCUUCAGCCAGCGUCUUCAUCGCUGGUCCCAACGACGCCUCCACUGUGUUCCUGGGAAAUGCUUCUUUCACCAUCAGUGAGGCCGCAGGAAACAUUGAAAUUCCAGUCCUCCGGCAGGGACCUGAUCUGUCCCUCCCUGUCUCUGUGUGGUGUGCCACUCGGACGUCAGACCCUCCGUCUGCCAGCCCUGGAAUCGACUAUGUCCCCAGCUCCAGAAAAAUCGAGUUCAGACCAGGCAGGACGCAGGAGUCCUGCACUCUGACAAUCCUGGAUGAUGCUCAGGACCCGGUGAUAGAAGGGCUGGAGACAUUCGUUGUGUAUCUCAGCUCACCCCAUGGAGCUGAGCUGACAGAGCCUUUCCAAGCAAUAGUGGCCAUUAAUGACAUCUUCCAAGAUGUGCCCAGCAUGCAGUUCAGCAAGGAUGUGUACACAGUGAAGGAGAAGGAGGGUGCCCUGCACAUCCCCAUCUUCCGUAUUGGGGACCUGAGCUACGAGUCUUCCGUCAGGUGCUACACCCAGAGCCAGACUGCAGAGGUCAUGGAGGACUUUGCAGAGAGGAGAGAUGCGGAGGAGUCCCGCAUCACUUUUCUGAAGGGAGAGAAGGUGAAAAACUGCACGGUUUACAUUAGCGAUGACUCUGCCUUUGAACCAGAGGAGCAGUUCCAGGUCCAUCUUGGUAGCCCACUUGGAAACCAUUGGAGUGGAGCUAGAAUUGGAAAGAUGGAUAUGGCAACUGUAACUGUCACCAAUGAUGAAGAUGCACCCACCAUUGAGUUUGAAGAAACUUCAUACCAAGUGCGGGAACCACCCGGCCCAGAGGGUGUUGCUGUUUUAAAUAUCAAGGUGGUCCGGAGAGGGGAUCAGAACAGGACCUCCAAAGUCCGCUGCAGCACCCGUGAUGGCUCAGCUCAGGCUGGAGUGGAUUAUUACCCCAGGAGUCAAGUGCUCAAGUUCAGCCCAGGUAUGAACCACAUCAUCUUUAAGGUGGAGAUCAUGUCCAAUGAUGACCGGGAAUGGCAUGAGUCUUUCUCGCUGGUGCUGGGCCCAGAUGACCCAGUGGAUGCUGUUCUUGGAGAUAUCAGCACCGCAAUAGUGACUAUUUUGGAUCAGGAAGCAACGGGGAGCCUGAUUCUUCCGGCACCUCCUGUGGUCGUCACCCUGGCUGACUAUGACAAUGUGGAAGGAGCGACCAAAGAGGGUGCUAAGAAAUCGCCUUCCCCAGGCUAUCCGCUCAUCUGCGUCACUCCUUGCGACCCUCACUUCCCCAAGUACGAGGUCAUGAAGGAACGCUGCACUGAGGCUGGGAUCAAUCAGUCAUCAGUACAGUUCAGCUGGGAAGUAGCAACCCCUACGGAUAGCAACGGGGCCAGGUCACCCUUUGAAACCAUCACCGACAACACACCGUUCACUAGUGUCAACCAUAUGGUGCUGGACAGCAUUUAUUUCAGCCGGCGGUUCCAUGUGCGCUGUGUGGCCAAGGCUGUGGACAAGGCUGGCCACGUGGGGACCCCCCUGAGAAGCAACAUAGUUACCAUAGGGACAGACAGUGCCAUCUGUCACACUCCGGUGGUAGCGGGCACGGCCCGAGGUUUCCAGGCACAGUCAUUCAUUGCCACGCUGAAGUACCUGGACGUCAAACACAAGGAACAUCCCAACAGGAUCCACAUCUCAGUGCAGAUUCCUCAUCAGGAUGGGAUGCUGCCCCUCAUCUCCACCCUACCGCUGCACAAUCUGCAUUUCCUGCUCUCCGAGUCUAUCUACAGGCACCAGCAUGUCUGCUCGAACCUGGUCACCAUCAGGGACCUUAAAGGCAUCUCAGAGGCAGGGUUCUUGGAUGAAGUUACUCAGGAUAGUAUCAUUCUUGGUCCUGGAUAUGACCGGCCUUACCAGUUUGACCCCACGGUGAGAGAGCCAAAGACAAUCCAGCUCUACAAACACCUCAACCUCAAGAGCUGCAUUUGGACUUUUGAUGCUUACUAUGACAUGACCGAGUUAAUUGAUAUCUGCGGAGGCUCUGUCACUGCUGACUUCCAGGUCCGGGACUCUGCUCAGUCCUUCCUAACAGUGCACGUCCCGCUCUACGUAUCCUACAUUUAUGUGACGGCACCGCGAGGCUGGGCGUCUCUGGAGCAUCACACCGAGAUGGAGUUCUCCUUCUUCUAUGAUACCGUUCUCUGGAGAACAGGCAUCCAGACGGACAGCGUGCUCUCCGCCCGGCUGCAGAUCAUCAGGAUCUAUAUCCGUGAGGACGGCCGCCUGGUGAUCGAGUUCAAGACACAGGCCAAGUUUAGAGGGCUUUUUGUAAUGGAGCACCACAGCCUGCCAGAUGUGAAGUCUUUUCUAAAGCCACCAGAGCACCUGGGAGGCAUCGAGUUUGACCUGCAGCUGCUGUGGAGCGCCCAGACGUUCGACUCGCCCUACCAGCUCUGGAGAGCCACCAGCUCCUAUAACAGGAAGGACUACUCUGGAGAGUACACGAUCUUCCUAAUCCCCUGCACCGUCCAGCCCACGCAGUCGUGGACGGAGCGCGGGGACAAGCGCCCGGCCUGCACAGCUCACGCUCCUGAACGAUUUUUGAUCCCGAUUGCCUUCCAGCAGACAAACCGCCCAGUCCCGGUUGUCUACUCCCUAAACACGGAGUUUCAGCUCUGUAACAAUGAGAAGGUGUUUCUGAUGGAUCCCACCAAAGCUGAAAUGUCCCUGGCAGAAAUGGAUUACAAGGGGGCUUUUUCCAAAGGUCAAAUCCUGUAUGGCCGGGUGCUCUGGCACCCCGAACAAAACCUAAAUGGUGCUUACAAGCUACGGCUGGAGAAAGUCUACCUGUGUACCGGCAAGGAUGGCCAUGUGCCUUUCUUUGACCCCACGGGAAGUGUCUAUAACGAGGGCCCCCAGUACGGCUGUAUUCAACCCAACAAGCACCUCAAGCACAGAUUUCUCCUCUUGGUAAGAUUUGUGCUGUCUUUACCUAUGU